GAUGUUCACUUUAGCGUCAUAGAUGCUUGAUAUGUCAAAGAUAGUGUUGCAAUAUUUAGGCGAUUUUUACCUAAAUAAAAUCGAGGCAGUUGUAUAAACAAUUGUAGAGGUCAUUAAAGCACUACGUAAACGUAUUUCUUUUCAUGAUCAAACACAGAUUGUUGUUGGCUGUUGUAGGUUACAAACAAACACGUCACCAAUGUGUUCUGUAAAUUGAAGGCAAAUGCCGAGUGUCAUGGAAUAGCAGGAAACACUAAAUGCCUAUUUCUGCUAAGCUUUAUUAUGCUCUAAAAUAGAGCUUCUGAGGUAGUGAGCAAUUUAUCAUUUUAUUGGCAUACUGUCAUGUAUUAGUUUCCCGAAAGCGAAUUCUAACCUUAUCCAAUGGUUAUGUUGAGCGCGUAUAGAGGCAGAAUUCUGUAAAACCAUUGUCGAUAUUAUUAAAUGAACGUACAUUAUUUUUGAAGAUAUGGGGACAGAAGAAACCAACAAUAUUCGCCAUCAAGAGGCAAACCACACAGUUACUGCCAAACCGAAGUUUAUGAAACUGUCAUCGUAUGUUUUGGCACUAAGGCCUUGGUCCUUAAGCGGGUCUUUGAUGCCUACCUUAUUGGGAUGUGCACUAUCAUACAAGUGUGGAUACUUCAGUUGGGUUAUAUUAUUACUGACGUUGUUUACAGUCGUGACAGUGCAUGGUGCUGGGAAUGUUGUGAACACGUACUUCGAUUACGUGAAGGGUAUAGAUGGACGAAAGAGUGAUGAUCGUAUCCUUGUAGACCAUAUUUUGUCUAAGGAUGAAGUUGUUACACUUGGUGCAAUGUUGUAUGCAGCAGGCUGCCUUGGGUUUAUUUGCUUGGCAGCAGUUUCACCGGCAAAAAUGGAACACUUGGCUUUGGUGUAUUUUGGCGGACUUUCUAGUUCAUUUCUGUACACUGGUGGAAUAGGAUUGAAGUACAUCGCAUUAGGUGACGUUAUAAUACUCAUUAUAUUUGGACCUAUAUCAGUGUUGUUUUCCUUCAUGUCCCAGACAGGGCAUGUCGACUGGGGAACGAUUUAUUAUGCAAUUCCAUUAGCGUUAAACACAGAAGCUAUCUUACACAGCAACAAUACAAGAGAUCUGGAAAGUGACAGCCGUGCUGGAAUUGUAACACUUGCUAUAUUGAUUGGACAAACAGCUUCACAUAUUUUGUAUGCAUUUCUCCUUUUUACCCCAUAUAUUUUAUUUGUGGCUCUAGGUCUUAGAUACUCUAUGUGGUUCCUGCUACCACUUACGACAUUACCUGCAGCAUUUCGCAUAGAAAAGCAUUUUCGCUGCCUGGAGACUAUUCAGACAGUACCUAGAAAAACUGCAAAAUUAAAUUUAUAUUUUGGUUUUUUGUAUGUUCUUGCCUGCAGCCUGGUAGAUGCAAAUCAUAUGCCUUUUCUACACUGAUUUAGUUUUCUGUGUAGUGCUACAACAAUCACACUAUAGAGGUGUAUUGGUUAUGUACAUUCUGGGUGCAAUUAUUGAAUGUUUGUGAGCACCUCAAAAUUUUGUUUUGUUUCUGAAAUGAUUAAUUUGGUUACUAACUGAUCAAAUGAUUUACUUACAAUUCCAGAUUUGGCUUAAAACAUCUUAAAUUACUUCGGGAAAUAUGUAACUGAAGUUAGGUAAAAAAUGAAUGGAAAAGACAGUAAAGUAAUAUCUUGUAAACUUUAGACAUAUUUCCUGCUAUUCAGGGCUAUGGCAUUUUAGAACAGCAUGAAACAGUUAGCUGUCAGUUACCUUUCUGGUUAUUUCGGACACAUACUUUGAAAAAUGUUACUUAUUUGCUUUACUUAAUUUUUUAAUCAUCGCUGAAUGGCCUUCAGCAUUACCAGUAUAAGGUCACUGGCAGUGGUACAAUUCUAUCUAAAAUGCUUACCAAUUGGGUGUUGAAGCAAGUAUUGUUACUAAACAAAGAAUAGCCUUGCAAUAACAAGCCUGUAGAAAUAAAUGUGGAAGGUUUAAUAGCACAAGCUACUGAAUCACAAAAUUUUAUUGAAAGCCCUCUUCAAGUGCUCGAAGAGAAAUUCAUGUUAUACGUGUAGGAAGCUGUGUUCUUUGGCUGAUAAGAUUUGUACUGAUAUAUUAGGCUAUUUAAGUUGUGACAACAGUUGUGAAAGUGUGGUGCAAGUUAAUGAUAUACCCAGAAUGCAGAGUUAACUGAAUGGAUUUCAGAGGAAAACCAUAAACACUGAGUCAGUAACGAAGAAAUGUGAACUCUUCAUAUCUCUCUCUGUUGUGGUAGCUUGUCUAUCUCAUAGUUAAUGACCAUACCUACAUGCAUUCGUGAUGUGUUUGACAAUAAGGACCAAGAUAGGUGUAAGUAUGUUAUGCAGGACUUUGUUUCAAUACAGGAUUACCUCAUAUGCCUAAAUACUGAUAAUAAGAGCAGCUGCUUUGAGAUGUUUCAUUGUAUGAAUAUGUGCUAAUGUAAUCAUUGUUGUGAUUAUAUGUGGUAAGUUAUCAAGACUAAUAUUUAAAUAUUUAGAUGUUCUAUUUUGAAACAUUGUCAAUAUGUGUAGGUCAUUGUUCAUUUUUUAUAUUGGGGUUUGAGUACUUAAGAGGAUUCAGUGAUUUUAUGAUCUGCAGCCAUUUAACUACAAGCAGUAUAAGCUAAAAUAAAUUCAAUUUUUGGUGAAAUAAUGUAGCUGCAGUGUAGCAAAUAAUAGUCUAUACCAUGCUUAACAUUCUGUGAACAUAUCUCUGUUUUGGCAGUAAAUGAAAUGGCACUAAAAUCUUCUUUCACAGAUUUAGUUAGUACUGUACAGUCUAAACAAGCAAGAAAUGUUACACUUCAGAAGAAUUUUAACAUCAAACAUAUCUGUUAUUUUCAGUUUUUUGUUCUGAUUUAGAGCCUAUAUUGUUUUUAAUUGUUAAUAUUUCUUUGAAUUUUUGUGCUGGGCUGUUCAAGACAAAACAAAGACUCAGUGUGUUCACUCCUGUGUAGUUACAGCUUCAUAGCUGAAUGGUGCUUGAACUUAUGUACUGUAUCAACGUAAAUAUGUCUGGUAGCUUAUUACCUGUCACUGUGUGUGCGUGUGUGUGUGUGUGUGUGUGUGUGUGUGUGUGGUAGAGAGAGAGAGAGAGGGUGGGGGGGGGGGGGGAGCAUGCACGAAACCACACCAAAUACACAUUUUGUUGUUUCUGUCCUUUUUUGUAAUUUAUUUACAUAGUAAACGUUGCUAUUCCACAGUAAGUCUUAAGCAACCCUCAGUAAAUAUAGAGGAAUAUUAUAUACUUAAUUUGAAAAUACAGUGGCACUAUUAUGUACCUAAAUAAGAGUUUAUGCAGAAUCUUAAGUUUUAAAACACAGUUAUAUUUUUUUGAUUGGUAUUAGGAAAUAUACAUAAUGAUGGUGUUUGCUGGUAAUUCACUGACACAUACCCAUUCAAUUGCUAAUUUUUUUGAUAAGCAAACAAGUUCAGACUAAAGCUUAUGAAAGUCGCAGAGGUCAACCCAAGAAAAUGGAAGUGCUCUGUCACAAAUAAAAACUAAGUAAUGCUCUGUUUCUGCCCAUUGCACUGUUCAGCUCAUUUAAACUGUCUAUCCUAAUAACAGUGUUUCUCAAAGGUCUCUGUUGUAAGUUUGCCCUUCGUAGCAGUUUGUUACCCCUACACAUUUAAAGUAUUUCUUCGUUUUUCUCUCAGCUGAACUCAUCUCUGUUCAGUGCCUUCCGCCAUUUACUUAAUUAUUACAUUACAGCCUCACAUAUUCUAUUUUCUCUUCUUGCUACUCUUUCUUAUAAAUGCCAAUGAACUUAUUAAAGGUAUUGUGGAUACAAUUCUCUUCCCUUUUUUUUUAUAUAUUCCCAGUGAAAGUCAGUCCCUGAUCAACUGCAUUCUCAUGACUAUUUACUACUUUGACUUUUCUGAAAUUCAAAUAGAUAACAUUGUAUUAUGUUCCUUUAUUGACUUUUAAUGAUUUGUGAUUCAAGAGACCUAUUCCAUUGCCCCAGUUUGUGCCUUUUAACAUCCUGUUCUCCUGAUCACCAAAGAAGUAAACAUUAGUCCUAAACAUUUGAAAGUGUCGUAUUUUUCAUUUCACAAUACCAUGAUGCUUAAGCCUGAGGAAAAAAUUACAGCCAUGUCUGUCCAUUGAGUUGUUGAUCAUCUAUCUUUCAUUUGAUUUAAACAUUCAUGAACAGAGACUGCUGAACAGAGAUUAGCCAUAUUUAAUAUUAUGUUGUUUUGUUUGUCUGAGUUUGUGAAAAUUUUGCAGCAUUUACAGCUCAUAUAGUUUUUAUGAAUAAAAAUAAAUAUUACCAAAUAUCAUGUCAAAUGUGUUACUGUUUUAUGGCUUGAAUGCUUCAUAUUACCUUGUUGAAUUUUUCACUUGUGUUGGAUUAAACAGAGGACAUUAAUAGGAUUUAAAGAUGUGUGAAAUUUGUGCAUGGUUGUUAUGCUUUGAGCAGAUUGUAUGAUUAUAAGACAUAAGUGUUUGCAAGGUAUUCAUGAUCUAAUUAAAAGAAAAUGUAAAUAAAUGAAGGAGAAUAUAUUGUACAUGUAAUUUCA